AUGGCCGACUACCUCCCUGACUCAGCACAAGAGUCGCUUUCAGUAACGGAGGAUGAGGAUUUGAGCACAGAGGAGACACAGACUCACCUGCGUAAGGGCCGUGCACCACCUCAAAGGCUGCAAGGACUCCCACUUGCCACUAAAUCUGACAUCAACAAUAUGGUGUUGGAACUUAAGGCCUUCUUCACCUCAGAACUGGCCGAGUUGAAGGGAGAGCUGAGCACUUUCACAGCAACAUGUACCCAGCUGAGUAUGGGGCUCGGACACCUGGAAGGCUCUGCAAGACAGCGCAAUGUGAAGGUGAGGGAAAUCCCAGAUACUGUGGAUGCUGCUGAAUUUCCUCAAUUCAUUCUGAGGUUGUUCUCCUCAACCCUGACGCCCAGACAGGCAAAAGGACUGUCACUAGAUGGCCUGUACCGCAUCAUCGGCCGCUCUCGAAACCAAGCUACUGCAACUUGA